AUGUCUCAAGUCGCCUCUGCGAACCCGGAGGGAGGGGUCUCUGUGGAGAUACUGCCCAUUUCUAAAGAUACGUCACAGUACCAAAUGGCAGUACUUAAGCUUACAGAUGAUGUCACUAAUACGAGUUGUAGUGUACUGCUGGACUGUGGAUGGACAGAAGAGAUGGAUCCAGACAUGCUUGGACCCUUGGUGGCUGAGCAGCAGCCCUCUGGGGCUCGACUCGUGGAUCAGAUCGACGUGUGUCUGUUAUCCUUUGCCGAUCUGCAGCAUUGCGGUGCAUGGCCCUACGUGUAUUGCCACUUGAGACCUAAGAAACUCCAAUACGCUGUAGCCCCUCCCCCUGUUGGGGAGGCUGAUGCUGCUGCUAGUAGCAGCAAGAACAGCAAUCAACCAUCGAAUGGGGCCAUGGUACUGGCGACAGAGCCUGUAAGGCGUCUUGGUGAACUCACACUCACGGCACUGCAUGAGGACAUAGAUAAGAUGAGGGAUGCGGUGACGACUACCAACGACUGGUUGUUGACCAUUGACGACACUAUUAUGGCUUUUAAUGGAGCAGUGACGCCUUUGCAGUAUGGGGAGGGCGUCAUGUUCACCAUGCGAGGCGAUGCUGGGGCCAAUGCGAAAGGGCCGACUGUGAGGUUCACCCCUCUCCCUGCUGGGAGGAUGCUGGGCGGAGCAUAUUGGAGGAUUGAUGUUGGCUCGCAAAGUAUGGUAUAUGCUGUGGAUUAUCAAAUGGCUGGGGAUAGGCAUUUAAAUGGUAUGGAGUUGCCGCCGCCGGAGCAGGCACCGCCUAGCGUAUUGAUCACUAAUACGAUGCCCCCAGCAGUGGAGGGUGCAGUAACGUGUGCAGGUCAGGGCGCUACUAGUAAUGUAGCGACGGAGAGUAGAAGGACUUAUGAUGCUGGGAUUACAGCUUCGAGGUCUAACAGGCGCUAUGCUCAGGCCGAGGAGGCUCUGCUAGGGAUGGUCCUAAGGUCUCUGAGGAAGGAUGGUACAGUGUUGUUACCAGUGGAUUGUUGUUCAACAGGUCGUGUAUUGGAGUUGCUGUUGCUCCUCGAGGCCGCAUGGGCUGCCGAUGCCGGCCUGCAGGUCUACCCCGUAGUGUACGUGUCGCCACUCGGGGACGUGGUACUCGAUCAGAUCAAGAUAAGGAUGGAGUGGAUGAGCAGAGUGGUUCAUAACGACUUCGAUACGUCGAUGGGCUUCAUGUACCAUCCCUUCCUCUUCCAACAUGUUCAGCUGUGCUCGAGCUUUCAAGAUUUCGCCCAGAACUACCCAGCGCGGAAGCCCAAGGUUGUUUUGGCAUCUAGUGCCUCUUUGGAGAUCGGCGAUGCUAGGGAAAUAUUUUGUCGUAUGUGUGGCGACCCCAACAGUACAGUCAUAUUCACUACGUCUGAUGUUGCCUAUCGAGACUGCCUCGCACAGAGGGUCAUACACGACUUCGUCGUGGAGAGGCCUGAAAACCCCAACGAACCCGUCACGUAUCGGGAGACGCAGUAUAUCAAGAGCUCCUACACGGAUGAGCAGCUUCGUGAGGUCUAUAGGGAAAGUCUGGCAAGGGAGUCCCAGGAGGAGCUUGCGAUGAGGCGACGUCGGAAAGAGCGUGAUCGUCGCGAGAAGAUGGCGGCCCAGAAGGCAGCGGUGGCGAGGCGCCAGCAGCAGAGUAUGGCGGAGAGCUACGCGGAAGGCAUGGCUAAGCAAAUGCUGCAGAAAACUGGGCUAGCGAGCGCUAAGAAUAAUGAGGGGGAUGGUGGGGGCUCGGGCACUGCUUUGAUAUCAUUGGAGAGCAAAAAUCAAGCGUCAGUAUAUGAUGUGGAGGGCGGACAAGUAAAUGGGUUCUUCAGACCUGGAAUGUUCUACUCACAGACAGCUGCAGCGCCUUCGGCUAGUGGAGGGGGGAGUGCUGGAGCGGCGACUGGAGGUGGAGGAAGAGGGGCUAUGGGAGGAGGAGGAACGGGAGGGGUUGAUGAUGAUGAGGAACUUGGAGGAGUAGCUGCUGGAGGAGCCCAGAUGGCGGACGAGUACGGUGUUCGACUGGACAGUAGCGUGAUUGACUCUUGGCGAGCUCAUGCGGAAUCUGAUUUUAUGAGGAUGAAGCGCUUCCGGAAGGGGUGGUAUCAUGACGACUAUCCUGAUAAGAAAGAGAUGAAGGAUGAACCUCAUGGACAUUUCCGCGUUAAACAGCAGAUGAAGGUCGCUAAGGACGAGCUGAAGGCUGAUAUUGGCGAGGAUGAUGGGCACCAGCGAAUGAAAGCUGACCCCAGUGCAGCCCCUGGCACGGACGACCACGACAGUUUUGAUUGGCGACGAGAUCUCCAAGUUCGCUUUGGAGAGCCCAAGAUGGUUGAGACCCGUGAACGUGUGAUUCGAGUCGGCUGCAAGGUUAAACUGAUGGCUCCGGGUAACGGUAUUGACGGCCUCGCUACUCCCCAGCACAGGCACGAGCUGUUGGCGAGGCUACGACCGCGCCAUCUGGUCAUUCUGCCAUCUGUAAAUGCUGACGACCUUGAGCUGAUGAUACACAGGACUGACUCUAUGUUCGCCACUGGCAAGGGAGGCCAAGCAUACGUCUGUCAAAGUGGUCGUGAACGGGGGGAGAUCGAACUACAGCCUGUGCAGUUCUCAUUGAGACCACGAAAACGACAGUGCUAUCUCGACAAGAGCCUUCAAAGGGAGUUGAAGUACAUACGCGUUGUAGCUAGGAAUAGCGACAAGGCUAGACCGGAUGCACUCAACAGGUCUUGUGCUAAAGUGGCUCUGUGCCGAGUGGCAUUGACAUCAGCGGCCGAUUCUGCAGACGCUCCUUCCCGUACGGCAAGUGGCGAGCCUAUUGGGACGGUCUUGAAGGAUUCUGAGGGGGAGCAUGGGGUGGUGAUAGGAGGGUCUCAAGAGGAACAGGAGGCUGCUGCGGCUGAAGAGAUUCUCUGUCGUCCAGGCUUAUUGCUAUCGUCGAAGCCUUUGCAAUUGGCGACUCUUCGUGAGCGUCUUAAAAAGAAGUUUGUCGCUCGUGGCAAUGAAUCGGUUGGUGGCUCAGUAGCUUUCAAGACUCGGCCGAAGGGAGGGCUGGUCAGCAAUGGGGAGUUCACCAUGACGCCUAUGUCCAAUAGGAUGCUCGUUGUGGACUCACCCGAGGGAGGGGAAGUGACGGUGGAUACUCAUCAUCAAGGGAGGCCGGCAGCGAGAGAAGCUGCUCAGGAUUUGGGUAUGGCGCCUGGCGGGGCAUUGGGUGAGGGAGAAGAGGAAGAGUCAACGCAUGCACAGACUACAGUCGUUCAAGUGACAGGGGACCUGUGCCAAAAUCUCUUUAAAGUGCGGGAUGCUAUAUACGACCAGUUUGCUGUGGCUUGA